AAGGUGGUUUUUUUUAUCGGCUUCUCUUUUCGCCGCUCUCUCUCACUCUCACCAAACAUCUCCCUAACGCUUUGUGAGUGUCAAAGGGGAGGAUGAAGGCUUCCGUCAAAGGCAAGUACGACGGCGGUAAGAGCACCGGGGUAGGCUCAGUGGCCUUCAACGCGGGCGAUAUUAAGCUGCGCGCCACCAUGACCGAUGCCACCUUCGUCCCUGGUCCUACCUUGAACGGCCUCUCUCUGGCCGUGGAGAAGCCUGGCUUCUUCAUCGUCGAGUAUAACGUCCCUAAGAAAGAUGUUAGGUUUCAGUUCAUGAACACGGUGCGGGUUGCUGAGAAGCCGUUGAAACUGACUUACAUUCAUAGCAGAGCUGAUAACAGAACAGUUGUGGAUGGGAGCCUUGUGAUUGAUCCUGUGAACAAAGUCUCUGCUAAUUACAUGGUGGGAACAAACAACUGUAAGCUUAAGUACACUUAUGCGCACGGGAGGAUUGCGACGUUCGAGCCUUGCUAUGACUUUGCAAAGAAGGCUUGGGAUUUUGCGGUUUCUAGGAGAGUUUAUGGGGAUGAUGUUGUCAAGGCCACUUAUCAAACGUCUAGUAAGUUGCUUGGUGUGGAAUGGUCUAGGAACUCCAAAUCCCCUGGAUCUUUCAAGGUAUGUGCGUCUGUGAAUUUGGCAGAGGAAGUUAAAACGCCGAAAUUGACAGCAGAGACAACUUGGAACCUUGAAAUUUAAUGUCCCAAUUUAUUGUUUGCUUGUUACAAUCGAUUUUAGUUUAGACCUUUCUGCCAACCUUUUUUGUUCCAACAGUGAUUCGGCCCUUGGCUUUCUCAUUGCGUCUCUCUUGAAAAAUAAUUUGUUCUAAGGGAAAAAUGUACCCUAAACCUCCUUUGAAUGUAAUGAAAAUCUGCAAAUGGUUCUUAAAAA